AGACGAGCAGGAGGAGGAGAAUUGACGACGGCAUUGUACGCUCGCCAUCCGGAUCGGAGCGCCAGCUAUGGCGACUGCUGCGCAAUUGCUGUGUUUAGCAGGAGCAGCAAUUGCCCCAGCGAGGGAGGGGAGAGUCUGCGGCGACGGGAGCUGGAGCAGGGGCGAGCAGCUGAGAUUCAGCAGUCGAAAUGCCGUCGGGCGGGAAGGGAAGAAUCGGAGCGCUGCUCAUUCUGUAAGAGCCCAAGGUUUUGAUUUUUGGCAGGUGCUUGGAGGAAGAGGAUUGCCGGGCGGAGAAGCGGGGCUCAAAACCGAGGAGGGUGCGAAGAAGCUGUUCGCCAAUGUCGGUGAGAAAAGCUCCAAAAGCUCGUCCGAGACCGGAGACGAGGAGCGAGACCAAGUGGAAGGUUAUGAUGCCUUCGGUAAGGAGAUGUCGGGCAUGGUCGGUGGAUUUCCUGGAGGCGAGAAGGGUUUAAGGCAGUUUUUGCAGGCUUAUCCUCCCCCCACAAAGGCUUCGAAGGAGCUGGAAAGACUCAAAGGAGAAAUUGGAGGCCCGGGGUUGAAAGCGAGGACUGUGGCUCCCCCGUUGCUCAUGCCAGGGAUGACAGUUGUUGUGAAGCAGCCCCGAAACCCUUACUACAUGUACACAGGAAUCGUGCAAAGAGUCACCGAUGGAAGGGCAGGCGUUAUAUUCGAAGGAGGCAAUUGGGAUAAAUUGGUCACAUUCAAGAUUACCGAUUUGGAACGCACGGCCAAAGGCCCGCCGAUGACCAAUCCGAAGUCCGCUGUUCUCGACUCCACUCCCGCCAAUUCUUCAUGAGCUGCUUUCGAAGGCCAGCAUUGCCGACCGGAUGGCCACGUCCAGUAGAAUUCGCUGACGAGGAAUUCUCUUCAGAUUUGAAUUUCUAGCCCUCAUGGGAAGAUUUACAUGCACCUGAACACUUCCACCAUGAACGUUGUGCUCGACCGCCGCUUUUUCUAAUUUCUCCUUUUCUCGUGCAAAACUGUGUCGAGUAUCAUACCGAGGUACACAAAUCUGUCAGAAGCGUCAAGCAACACCUCCCAGAGCCGAACCCUGAACCUUUCAGUAGCUCUUGUAUGCAGCAAUGAAAAGUGCGAAUUGCCUGGAUGGCUAUUGAUGAAUGCCAGAAAGGCAUCUCCGUGGCCAGAUUGCUCUCGAUUUUCUGGUGUAUGAAAGUCGCCGUCAAGGGCCAAAGCAUGGUCCUUGGUGUAAAUUUUCCUGCAUGAGGAAGAUGUCUCUCUGGCAUUUAAUUGUACGCCACAUCAAAUGUCACUGCUUCUGCGGCCAAUGUAUUGUGCACGUGCUUUUUCUUACUCUAAUCUUUGAGUCGCCCCAGGUUCGCACUCUGCCCAUUCAUAAUGUCGACGGCGGUCAGUAGUUGUGGAUACGUUUCGCCCGGUGAUUUGUCGUAGAAGUGACGAUGAAGACAUUUGUGAUUGUGGCACUGCCAAAUUAGUAGAUGAAUUUCUUAAAGAUGGAUGACACUUUU